GUCCGCCCCGCCGGUUGCCCCGCCCCGCUGUCGGUGGUUAUUGGCGCCGUGCGAGGCGCCGGGUCGUGGGCGGGCGGCGCGAUGUGGUUCCUCUACCUCCUCAGCUGGCUCUCGCUGCUGCUGCAGGUGGCCUUCGUGACGCUGGGAAUCGCUGCUGGCUUGUACUAUCUGGCGGAGUUAAUAGAAGAGUACACCGUCAUUACCAGCCGCAUCAUCAAGUACAUGAUAUGGUUCUCCACAGGAGUACUGGUCGGUCUCUACUUCUUUGAGAACUUCCCAAUGUUAAUGAUCGGGGUUGGACUCUUCACAAACCUGGUCUACUUUGGUCUCUUGCAGACGUUCCCAUACAUUCUGCUCACAUCACCUAAUUUUAUAUUGUCCUGUGUGCUGGUUGUCUAUAACCACUACCUGGCAUUUCAACACUUUGCAGAAGAGUACUACCCCUUCACUGAGGUUUUGGCUUACUUCACGCUGUGCCUCUGGAUAACUCCUUUUUCUUUCUUUGUGUCAUUAUCUGCCGGAGAGAAUGUCCUCCCAUCCACGAUUCAGCAUGGAGACGACGUUGUGUCAAAUUACUUCACCAAGGGGAAGAGGAGUAAGAGAUCAGGGAUCUUGGUGAUCUUCACCUUCAUCAAAGAGGCAAUCCUGCCCAGUCGACAGAAGAUAUACUGACGGCUGCAAGUGUCUGCGAGCCAGAGCAGUAGUGGUACUGAUGGGGAGGUGGAGGAGGGGCAGCAGAGACCAAGAAACUGAAUAAAAUGGAAAAUUGAUGAGCUCCUUC